CUGGAGACUCAUGAUUCAGUGGCGUCCCAGGCAUGUGAUAGCCCGCCCCCCAGCCCAUGUGACUUUGUGGAUCAUGAGCCAGAGGGCGGCCAGAAACACAACCUGCACCCGCCUCCCGACGCAAUCCGCAUGGUGGGCAUACGCAAAGUGGCGGGGGAGCAUCUGGGUGUGACGUUCAAGGUGGAUGGCGGUGAGCUGAUCAUAGCCCGCAUCCUCCAUGGUGGGAUGAUAGACCAGCAAGGACUGCUGCACGUCGGAGAUAUCAUCAAAGAGGUCAAUGGACGAGAGGUGGGCCAGGACCCCAGGGUGCUGCAGGAGGAGUUGCAAGCAACCAGUGGAAGUGUAGUUCUGAAGAUCCUGCCCAGCUACCAUGAAGCCAUACCGCCAAGACAGGUGUUCUUUAAGAGUCACUAUAACUACGACCCAGCCAACGACAACCUGAUUCCCUGUAAGGAGGCGGGCUUAAGGUUUGAGACCGGAGACAUCCUGCAGAUAGUCAACCAGGAUGACGUCAACUGGUGGCAGGCCCGUCAUGUGGAGGGUGGUAGCGCGGGGCUGAUCCCCAGUCAGAUGCUGGAGGAGAAGAGGAAAGCGUUUGUCAAGAGAGAUGUGGAGCUGGCUCCUGCAGGAAAUCUUUGUACUGGUGUUGGUGGGAAGAAGAAGAAGAAAAUGAUGUAUGUGACCACCAAAAAUGCAGAGUUCGACAGACAUGAGAUAUUGCUCUACGAGGAGGUGGCCAAGGUCCCGCCUUUCAAGAGAAAAACUCUGAUUUUGAUUGGUUCCCAGGGUGUGGGGCGGCGGAGACUGAAGAACAAGCUUUUACUGAGGGAUCCGCUUCUCUUCGGCACCACCAUUCCAUACACCUCCAGAAAGCCCAAAAAAGAAGAUCGCGAGAGUCGGAUGUACGCUUUCACCAGCCGCAGCAAGAUGGAAACCGACAUUAAGAACGGGCGUUUUCUUGAACACGGCGAGUACGACGGCAACCUGUACGGUAUCAAGAUCGACUCCAUACAUGAGGUGGUGGAGGCUGGACGCAUCUGCAUACUGGACACCAACCCUCAGUCUCUCAAAGUGCUGAGGACCUCUGAGUUUUUGCCCUAUGUGGUGUUCCUUCAGUCUCCAGACUUCGAGGUGCUCAAGGCGAUGAACGACUCAGCCGCAGAGGCAGGGGUGGUUACUAAGGCACUGACGGAUGAAGAGCUGCAGAGGACGUGCGACGAGAGCUCCAAAAUCCAGGCGGACUACGGCCACUACUUCGACCUCAGCAUCAUCAACGACAACCUGGAUGAGACCUACCGCACCGUCAAGGCCGCCCUGGAAACGGUUUCUAAAAACCCCCAGUGGGUCCCCGUCACCUGGGUUUUCUAGAAAGAGAACAAAGGCAUUGAAAUAUACUACUGUGUAAAUAAUGGAUGUUCUUAUUGAGAGUUCCACAGAGAUGGAAUCUGACCAUAGCAGUAGCUUAGCAUCAGAAAACUCUUUGCAACCAGCUUUGCAUGAUAAAUUAGAGUGUGUAAAUAAGACAUUCAUUAUUUAAACAGGAUUAUAUUUGUGCAGGGAGGUGGGGAAGGAGGGAACAGAAAGAAAAGGAGAGAAGGUGGAAAAGACAAAUUAAGUCCUUCAUGUCAGACAUUCACUGAUUUUACCUGGGCACAUCAAGGACUGUGUGUGUGUGUGUGUGUGUGAGAGCGUGCGUCAGUAUGCAUGUGUGUCCCUGUUUGUGCAUGGUUUUUAGAGCCAAGACUUUUGUAUGUUUCUAAAUGAUUUGUGCCAUAACUGAUGAUCAUCAGCAGAUUUUGUCAUCGUUUACAUUUCAUGAUCAGAGAGGUCAGUACUGAUGCUAACACUUUACUCUGCAAGCUAUUAAUAAUAGCUAUAGUAACAUUUACUAGCAAAACCUAUUUAAACCCUAUUUCUUCCGUGCAACUAGCCAAAAAUCUUAUUUGAUGAUCACAAGCAACUCUUGAGUUGCUGUGUAAAGCACAAUAAUGCAGAGGUUUCCUCAUGUAAAAUGUUACCUAAUACAAAUUACGUGUGAUCGAGUGCCAACGACAAGCAACCUCAGAGCCAAUCUGUCCUCUGUCCGGGUUGUAAGCAUAGUCCGCCUUUCAUAUCUUGCUCUUUAUUAACUGUAGUUAAACACACACAUACACACACUGACACACACUCACCCUCACACUCACACUCACUGAUACAGGCAAUGGAAAGACAGAAAGCUGUACAAUAUGCACAUUCAUAUAUGAAAUUCACUUGGUUUCUUAGUAGUCAGAGUAAAAAAAACGCCUCCAGAAGCUUGGGGGUCCACUGGAGAAUUGGUUGUAUGUAAGCACUAUCAUUUAUUUAUUUAUUCAAGGUUUGUUUGAUA